GGAGCCUGAUGAUCAGUGCAGCCUGCAGAUCCUCCAGUCAGAGGCUGAACCCGGCAGAGAAAGAAGAGAGAAAAAACCCUCUUUGACCUGCGCAGGACACCGUGGAGGCAGACAGGUUCGACCGGGCAGAUGGAGAUCCACAUGAUUGACACGGGGAUCUCGAAAUGACGUCAGCCGGAGGCGCUGCCUUCCAGGAGCGCGUCGGCAGAGAGGGAGAGCGGCGCGGCGCGGCGCGGCGCGGCGGAGAGCGGAGCGCGCCUCCAGACCCGACAGAGGGACUCCACCGGCGGCUCACACAGCGGUUACUCGAUGCGCCACUCAUGCGUAACGCACACUGGCAACCUCUCCAGAGCGUUUUACAGACAGAAUGAAAACAGCGUAAAGCCAAACGGACCCGAGCUCUGCAGCUAAAAAUCAGAUUUUCAGUGUCUAACAUCGAGGGAGGACAGGAACAGAGGCUGGAGGACACCUGUCUCUGAUUAGGACCAGAGAGGCAUCUCCUAUUACAAAAAGUCAUUUUUCAUUUUUUAAAAUAACAAAUAAAAGCGAAGAUCAAGGGAACAUAAAGACUAAAGGACUGUAAAGUAAACAGCAACCACAGUACUGUGUUUGGAGAGCUUUAGCACCAAGAGCCCUCAUUUCCAUUUUCAGAGAAGUCUUCUGGAGUGAAGUCUGUGUAUUUUUUAAGUCAAGAGGGAGGUAAGAACGCAAGUUGUUGGGUUCUGAGAUGAAAAGAUGUGAAAUUGCUGCCAGUAAAUUAAGCAGAGGAUCACUUGUGAUGAAAUAAGCGCUGAUCCUCCAUCAGCCUGACCUUUUCUCCUGCCUUACAACUCAGGCUCCCCCCUGACUGAUGAGGGAAGAUGUUAGAAACCGAGCUUUAAUUCAACUCUACUUUUUAAAAAUAUUUUUUCCUUUUGAAAAUGUUGCCAGUGAAAACACCUUGAUCUGAACUCGUACAUCCGUGGAAACAUGAUGGAAAACGUGACCCAUCUAAGAGGUGAGCUGCCGGUUUGCAACGACUCGGUGGACCCGUCGGGGAACAGCUCCGACCUGAACUGCAUCAUCCCGUACUUCAACGCCGACCUCUACAUCAUCCUGCCAAUCAUCUACUCUGUCAUCUGCGCCGUGGGACUGACGGGCAACAUGGCUGUCAUAUACGUCAUCCUCAAAGCUCCGAAGAUGAAGACGGUCACCAACAUGUUCAUCCUGAACUUGGCCAUUGCAGACGACUUGUUCACCCUGGUGUUGCCGAUCAGCAUAGCUGACCAUCUGCUGAACUACUGGCCGUUUGGUGAAGUUUUGUGCAAAGUCAUCCUCAGCAUUGACCACUACAACAUAUUCUCCAGCAUCUACUUCCUGACGGUUAUGAGCAUCGAUCGCUAUCUGGUUGUCUGGGCAACGGUCAGUUCCAAGCGCAUGCCGUACCGCACCUACAGAGCGGCCAAAAUCAUCUCGUUUUGCGUCUGGCUUCUCGUCAUCUUCAUCGUCAUGCCCUUCACCGUUUUCGCCGGCGUCUACGUGAAUCCACACGACGGCAGGAAGAGCUGCGUGCUGCUCCUGCCGAUGCCGGAGGCUCUGUGGGUCAAAAUGAGCCGGAUCUACACGCUCAUCCUGGGCUUCGCCAUUCCUGUCUCAACCAUCUGCAUUUUGUACACCAUGAUGCUCUACAAGUUGCGGAACAUGAGGCUGAACAGCAACGCCAAGGCUCUGGACAAGGCGAAGAAGAAGGUCACCAUCAUGGUCUUCAUCGUGGUGGCCGUGUGCUUGUUCUGCUGGACGCCGUACCACCUGAGCACCAUCGUGGUUCUGACGACGGACCUGAGCAGCACGCCUCUGGUGAUCGGGAUCUCCUACUUCAUAACCAGCCUGAGCUACGCCAACUCCUGUCUCAACCCGUUCCUGUACGCCUUCCUGGACGACAGCUUCACAAAAGCGUUUAAGAAGAUGAUGGAAUGCAGGCCGGCCUGAACGUGGGAGACCCUGGACCUGACUUUAAACUCUGCGCUGUAUUUUUUAAAGCUAGGAGGCAAAAAGUGGAGGUGAAAUGAUAAAGAUGGACUUUUGGUUUUUGUUGCUAGUUAAAACUGCGGUGUAUUUGUUGAAACUGUCAGUUUGUUGUGACAGUAUGCUAUGAGACAGAUAACAGAAAACAUCUGUCUCCUUUGCCGUCUCCCAGUGCUAGAAACCACCAAUCAGGUUGAGUCUUAGUGUUGUCAAUCAUGCCCAUGUGUGCACCACCCACUUACCUCCCCUUGCUCUCUGCGUCGCCCUGUUAAGGCAGCCUGUCAUGAAUGCUAAGGCUAAUUAGCAUGGCUACUGAUGACGACGGUUUUCCUGUAAUGGUGAGUUGUUUCGCAAAUUUAGCAGCACGUACAAGAGGAUGAUUGGCAGCACUAAGACCCUCCCCCUGGCUCUGAUUGGUUGUUUUCGGUGCAGCAGCAGCUCAGAGAGGAGGAGAAGGUGAUUGAUCUUUUCACAGAGUAUCUGUUUCAUAUUCUGCUGUCCAGACAUGGUGACCGUUUUAACAAAUAAGUAAAAAAAAAACAUUUUGUUAAAUAAAAGUUCCAAUGUGCAGCUUUAAAACUAAUCUCUUACUGAAUCUGUUUUGUUAGCUCCACAUUGUAUCUGCACAAAGUUUCAUUUGGUUAAAAAAAGGAAAAAACAAAACAAGUUUUACUGGAAUAACUAAUAAAUUUCAUUAGAUAAAUCGUAAGAAGCAGAGAGAACAAACAUCUGUUAUUGUUCAUGAAAAGCUGCUUGGCUUCUCCACUUCUGUUAUUCUGGAGGUAAAAGUGGAAACAAAUUAAGAAUUUUGUCAUUUCAGCAACCAGCUUCUCUGUUAAGACACUUUGCCCCAUGUAGCGUUUAUGGAAGUUAUCACACAGUGGGAAACAUUGUAUUAAACAGAUAAAGACAAAAGAAAACUCCAUGUACUUUCUGACUGGAACAGAUGGAUGGCAGAACGGGUCACCUGUACUGGACACUGUCUGCUCUUCUGGGACUAAAGAAGAACUUUUAAGGCUCAAACGUGAUCAGUCACAGUUGGAAGGUAGCAUGAUGGGAUUUUUAUUUUCACAGCUUUUGUGUUUGAGUUAUUUGAUCUUAUAUGCAAAGAAACUGAAUUUUGCUUUUCCCAAACAGAGCCGUGUUAGUGCAGACGCUAACAUUCAGGUUUUGUCUUUCAACAAACGGGAUAAAAGCAGGAAAAAUUAACUCAGCAUUUCUAAAAGAUCAAUGGAUUUUUCCUGCGUGUGUGUGUGUCUGUGUGUGUGUGUUUAUCCGUCAUGUGAAUUGUUUUUUGUAACUCAGAAAUGCACCUUACCGACCCUGGCAGCUGUACUGUAAGCCUAACAUACACCAGGCAUGGGACAGGAGGGCUAUUUCAACUUGUGUCUGUUUCUCUGCACAGAUUGUUGUGUUGGUGAGCUUUUGCUGCCCCCUGUUGCUGACAGGUGGUUUAACCUAACAUGCAGCCGAGCCAUUUGUUGAGAAGCUUUUUGCCAAGUCAGUAGGUGCCAUGUGUAUUUCUAUUAUCACUUCAUUGCUAAUGUCAUUAGUAACACCAGUAAUACUGUUAGUUAUUAUUCUAACACAUCAUUUAUUUGGAGCUAGAGAAAUCUAUACAGUUUGUUGUACAUAAGUAAAUACCAGAAUUAGAGUUUUAAGAUAAGAGUUAAAGGUAAUUUAGUAUCAGUUAAAUCAUGGAGUGCCUGUAAAAUCCCUGAAUUGUGCAGCAGAGAAUGGAGGACAGGGCUCUGACUGCAUCAACAGACUGAUAAAUACUGUAAAUAGAUGAGCCUUUUGUAUUUAUCUGUACAGAAGAAUGUAUAGUCAUAGUAUUAUAUGAUUAUAAAAUCCUAAAGAAAUAUUCAGCUUAAAGUGGCGUUUCAUGAAUGAAAACUUAUCUGAGUUUGCAGUCAUGAAUCAUUAUUUAAUGCAUACUGUAAGAAUAAUCACAGUGCAUUAUUAGAAAUGUUUAUGUUGGAGCUGCCUUUAGUUCCCAAUAACUUAAGAAAUAUAACUUUAUUUUCCCAGUUGCAAUCAUGUAUUUUUGGAUUUUGAAUCAUGUAUUUUUUGGAAUCAUUAGAACUGCGCAGAAAGAUUAGAUUUUUAUAGAUCCAGUGUACAAUAAAACAACAUGCAUAACA